GGCGAGGAUUUUCACGAAAACAUCAACCGCAGACUGCGUACCAGUGCCAGCGGGACCCGACGCUAUGGAUCCAACGGCAUGACAGCCGAGUCGAUGGCGGUUUCAAAGUUGGAUAACGGUGUUCGGCCUUGAAGAGAGACGUUAGAAGCGUGAAACAGAUUUAACGGUAAUGAAUGCAGUAUCACUUGUUUGAUAGAAAGACAGAGAGAGAGCGAGAGAGAGAGAGGGGGAGAGAGAGAGGGGCCAAAGUGGACUCCCUCCCUCGGUAGAGCUGUUCCGCCCGAUGGAGGCUGACGGGACCUUUGCAGUGAGCUCCAGGCCCGUAAUGUCACCUGUGAAACGUCGACACCUCGUCGGAGGACGUAAUUAAGGAAACCCUCGCGCACACCUGUCUGAAGACUUCAUUUGACAACUUCGUAGCGAGCCUGUGUACAGCAACUAAAGUUAGCAGGUCAGCGUUAGCUGCGGGAGGCGACCCCCUCGCGCAACAUGACUAUCAUAGAUAUCACUUAACGAGAGGUUACUCACCGCCUCAGGUAACACGGGACAGGUGAACAACGAGCUGUUUAACGGACUUCUUUCUGCUCAUGUUUUAGAAAGUUGCCUCGUUAUAUUUCACCAGCUGCACGUUGACUCCAACUCACUUGGCUUCGCUCGAGCAUACAAGAACUUCUUUUUUUUUCUCCUCAUCAAGUGUCGUCUUCUCCGUCAGCCAUGUCACUCAAAGACAAUCCGUGUCGCAAGUUUCAAGCCAACAUCUUCAACAAAAGUAAAUGCCAGAACUGCUUCAAACCCAGAGAGUCACAUCUGCUCAACGACGAAGACUUAAAUCAGGCCAAACCUAUAUAUGGAGGAUGGUUGCUGCUAGCACCAGAGGGGACUAAUUUUGACAAUCCGUUACACAGAUCACGGAAAUGGCAAAGGAGGUUCUUCAUCCUUUACGAGCAUGGCUUACUUCGGUAUGCUCUGGACGAAAUGCCCAGCACUCUACCCCAGGGUACAAUCAAUAUGAACCAGUGCUCCGACGUCAUCGAUGGAGAGUCCAGGACGGGUCAGAAGAACUCUCUGUGCAUCCUGACCCCUGAGAAAGAGCACUUCAUACGGGCUGAGUGUAAAGAAAUUAUCAACGGGUGGCAGGAGGCCUUGACUGUAUACCCCAGGACCAACAAACAGAACCAGAAGAAAAAGCGCAAGGUUGAUCCACCCACUCACCAGGGUGGAGAAACUGCAAGCCAGUGUUUUUCCACUGAAGACAUGAAUGGACACCCAGAGCCCGGCCCCGCUAAGGUGACAGUGACCAGCAGCAGCAGCGGAGGAAGCAUCCCCUGCCUGCCCAGCAGCAUCGCCAGUGCCGAGCGCGUCCCGAUGAGCCGUGCCACUCUGUGGCAGGAGGAGAGCCGCUGGAGCAGGGCCACCAUCCCCUGCAGCCGCAGUGCCUCCUGUCUCAGCCAGCUGGGCCAGAGCCAACCAGACUCCACUAUCACUACUCAAGACGAUGGCGGCACCAUGAGCACCGGACGCAAGGUACGAGUGGAAAGUGGUUACUUCUCCCUGGAGAAGACCAAGUCGGAGCCUUCUCCACAGUCUGCACAGCACUCUCAGCCACCCACGCAUCUGCCCCUGUCCUCUUCACCAUCUUCCUCCUCCUUAGGAGCUCUCAGUCCCAGGUACAACUCUGAGCCCGAAUCCCAAACUUCCCCUUUUCAACCCUCCCAAGAUCCUCUCCCUUCUCCAGGUGCACUCGUUUCCCCCAGCUACUCCACCAUCAGCUCCUCCCAGAGCUCGCUGGACUCCGAACCCAGCGGGAGUACACCCACCUGGGAGGGGCGCAGCGGUGGUGGAGGGAGCACCAGUAGUGUCAGUGGUGGAGGAGGCAGAGUGGGCCGGCCUGGAAGGGAGUACGCAGCCCUGUCUGAUGUGCCACGGGCUCGCAGACUGAGUUACCGCGAAGCCUUCCGCUCAGAGAAAAAGCGCCAAGACCUGAGGGCACGGACACGGAGUCCUGGCAGAGAGGAGGUGGCCCGGCUGUUUGGGGAGGAGCGAAGGCGUUCUCAAAUCAUUGGCCGAUUCGAAGAGGGUCAGCCUGUAGAGCACAUGGACACAAGCAGCUCCAAUGAGCCUUCUGACAACACCACGCUAAUCCAGAGACAAGGCCGCAGCGAGAGACGCUAUCUGGCUAAUAAACAUGAGAUGUCACUGGAUGCCGGCAAGGACCGCUCAGUCCCUGAUGUGUCCAGCUCCACUUUUGCUAAUUUAAGAAGAGCCAAGUCACUGGACCGCAGAGUCACCGAGUCCUCAAUGACUCCAGAUCUGCUGAACUUCAAAAAAGGAUGGAUGACAAAGCUGUAUGACGAUGGAAUGUGGAAGAAACACUGGUUUGUACUGACAGAUCAGAGUUUGAGGUACUACAAGGACUCAAUAGCUGAGGAGGCUUCAGAACUGGAUGGUGAGAUUGAUCUCUCUACGUGUUACGAUGUCAAAGAGUUCCCCGUCCAGAGGAAUUACGGUUUCCAGAUCAUGUGUAAAGAGGGAGCGUGCACCCUGUCAGCCAUGACCUCUGGAAUCCGUCGCAACUGGAUUCAGGCCAUCAUGAAGAAUGUGCGACCCACUAUUGCCCCCGAUGUCACUCGAUCCCUCCCUGAGGAGAAGAUAAAAGCCCAUGUCAUGUUGGAGCCGUGUUCACAAGCCAACCUUGAGCAAAGCCCCAGUCCUGAGGCCCCCAAGUCGGAUGUCCACAGACAGCCAGCUGGCAACAACACCUCUGCCUCCCCUUCUGAGCCCCGUAAGAGUCGAGUUCGUGAGCGCAGACGAGAGGGUCGCUCUAAGACUUAUGACUGGUCUGAGUUCAAAAUGGAACAGACAGGAAAGCCCUUGAAGGAACGAGCAGACACAGUCGACCUCAGCUCAUCAUUCUCCACAUCUCCCUCAUACUGUUCUGCCUCUUCUUCCCCUUCCUCAUUAGCGUCCUCUCCUGUCUCUACCUCCUCCCUCCAAACCUCUUCUGCGUCAGGUGCUCACCCGCCUUCUACGACAGCAGAAGCAGAAAAGGAGAGUGUUAGGAGGGGUGUCCCUCCACAUGGCACAACCAGUGCAACCCACAUGCCAAAUACUGUUACUGUUACCAUGACCUCCACGCUAAAUACUACACCGUCGGUACAGCCAUUGAAACCUGAAUGCCAAGAACAAGGAAAGAUGGAAGUAGACCACCCCGCGGCCAUGCAUACUGCUAGUGACGAUAAGAAGGACAACAAAACCUCAGAUGUCCAAGAAGAGAUUGAGCAGCGCUGGCAUCAGGUGGAGACAACACCGUUAAGAGAAGAGAAGCAAGUGCCCAUCGCCUCAGCUUCAGGAAACUCUGACAGAUUGCCUGCACAUGAACUCGCUGCGCUGCUUGACAAAGAGUUGGGACAGAAGCAACAGGAGCUGGACCGACUACAGAAGCAAAACAAUGUUUUAAAAGAGCAGUUGGAAGAUGCACUAGGGAGGGAACAAAGUGCCAGAGAGGGCUAUGUGCUGCAGAGUGCAACACCCCCUUCCUCUUCACCGCACAGAGUGCCAUGGCAACGCCUGCACAAGCUUAAUCAAGAUUUACAGGGCGAGUUGGAGACCCAAAAGCGCAAGCAGGACAUGGCCCAGCAGCAGAUUCGGACACUAAAGAGAAGCUACACAGAAGCCCAGGAUGCUGUAGGCCAGCAUGAGGCUGGCAUUCAGGCACUGCAGGCUAAACUAGCAUCUGCAAUGGCUGAAAUCUUGGCCAGUGAACAGGCUGUGGCCAGAAUGCGCAAUGAGCUCAAGCUAGAGCAAGAGCGCUCAAAGGAACAGGAGGAGGAAUAUAGCCGUAGUGAGGCCACAAUACGAGCCCAGCUCAAAGACAAUGAAGACAGACUCCGGGAAGUAGAGGCCAGCCUCUUAGAGAGAAACCAAGCCCUUAGGCACCUAGAGCGCCAGCAGGCCUUGCAACGGGACCACAUGAGAGAAAUACAGAGGCUGCAGGAGAGGCUGCAAGAAGUGACUGCUCGGCUAAGUGCUACUGAGGAGGGUCAGGCACUGAAAGAGGAGCGCCUGAGGCAGGAGCAGAAUAGUAUGCUAGAGAGUCAUGAGAGGGAAAGACAGAAUCUGUGUAGAAGAUUAGCUGAGGCUGAAACUGCAAAGAUGGAGAUGGAGAACCGACUGCUGGAGGCUGAGCAGCAGGUGGAGGCACUGUUAAGAGGGAGGCAGGCCUCUGGAGGAAAGGAAUGCAGGGAGGAAAUGGUGAAGUUGCAAGAGGAGGUGACCCAGAAGAAUGACAUGGUAGAGAUACUGAGGGAGAGUGUGCGUAGGCUUGAAGAAGAGAAAGGCCAUCUCACUUGCCGCUGUCAGGAGCUUCUUAACCAGAUUUCCGAGGCAGACCGUGAGGUGAAUAAGCUGCGCAAUCGUCUGGAAACGGAAGAGGCUGAUUACUACACCUUGGAGCACUCAUAUGAGAGAGCAACCCAAGAGUUUCAGAAAAUGAGCCAGUUCCUGAGGGACAAAGAGGAGGAGAUCCGGCAGACUAAAGAAAUGUAUGAGAGGCUGGUAGAACGCAAAGAAGAGGACCUGAAAGAGGCCCUUGUUAAAAUGGCUGCACUUGGCAACAGCCUGGAAGAAACGGAACAGAAGUUGCAAGCUAAGGAGGAGCUUCUUUGUCAAAUGAGUCAGAGUCUCUUAGAUAAGGUUGAGCCCUGUAGUGCUGAAAAGGAUCUGCAAGCCAAGCUUGUGGUUGCAGAGGACCGCAUAGCAGAGCUAGAGCAGCAUCUCAAUGCCCUGCAGCUGGGCUAUGCUGACCUACGCAUGGAAAGGCAGCAUAUCCCAGAAGAGAGCAAGACUGCAAGGCUUAAAACAUCAGUCUCCUUAUCAGCAAACACAGAACUCCUACUUUCCUAUGACCGUACAUCCAGGACAGAAAAUUUCCCAGAUGAUAAGGAGUCUCAAGCUAAGAGACCAAGAAUACGUUUUUCCAAUAUUCAGUGCCAAAAAUACAUGAAUCUAGAGGGCUUAGACGCUACCCAUGUCAGCAGUACCUUUGCAGACACAAGACAAAAAGUUAGUCAGGAUGUAAAUGAAGACAUCCAUCAAAGUGAAGGAAGCAUCUCCUCUGAUAUCACCUUUUCCCACAGUAGUGACCCAGAGAAGUUUAUCUCUAUCAUACAUGCCCUAGAGACUAAACUGCUUGCCACUGAAGAUAAACUAAGGAACCUCACACAGAAUCUAGAAGAGCCACGAUCCAUCCAAGCAGAAGACAUGCCUAAGAUUGAUCUAAAGAUGACAGAAACAAAGCCUAACCUUGCCAAGGAGUUUAGUUGUGGAGUUGUGGUAAAGAGUAGUGCUGCCAAUAAGCAUUAUGCCAAGGCCCUGGUGUGUGUGGAAAAUAGUCGAGAGAAAGUCAGGAAUAUUCUCAGAGGCUCUCAUGAUACCACUGAUUCACAGCUGCACUCGUUGUCAGAGAUAGAGAAAGACUUGUUUGAUGCAUCACUGUACAUUCGACAGGGACAAAAGACACUGGAAGAGCAAUCACCAGCUGUCUAUCAAAAUCAACCCCCAGAGACCCUAGAUAAAGAUGCUUUGCACCUCUUUGCCAAAACGUUAUCGUUUGAGGCAGUCGUUUUGAACAAGAUGGCUAUGUUAAUACAGACUUCAAAGUCUGACCUCCUACAGUCUCUUGCAGAGAUAUGGGAAGACAUGGAGAAUGUUAAAAGGAGUGACAGAGAUUGCUUGGCUAUUGUUUAUGCUGAUGUCUUGACCAGAAAGUUGAUGUUAGAGAGUGCGUUUUGGAAAGACUUGGAGAAAGCUGAGACGGAUGUUGCUAAAUCCAAAGAGAGCAGUGUUACAGUUGAUGUAGAUGUUGAUGCCACAGAAAUCUUUAACACCUUCAUUAAAGCAGAGCUAGCCUACUCUAUUCAAAACCUUAAACUUUGCUAUGAAGAGAAAUUCAGAAUACUGAAAAGGGAGUUGACUGAAGCCCAUGAUAACCUGCAUCAAAGGGAAAAGGCUCUGAAAGCAAUUAUUGAAGCUUCCAAAAGGCCUGAUUUGAAAAAUGUAAUAAAAGAAGUCAAAAAUAACUUUGGGUUUGGUAAACAAAAGCAGUUAGCAGACAUUCGCCCCCCUGAACUCGCUCCCUACAUGGAGCAGAUUGAAAUGGAAGAGGCUAAAGGCUUGGCUGAGGAAAUUGUAGAUCGACACUUGCCUGGAGAAAUGCCCUCUUGUGGUGUCGACUGUAUUGAAUCACUGCAAAAUGCACAUGACAACCUGGCUAAUGAGCUUCAAAGACAAGCAGCAAUCCUACAUAAGUACGCUCAAGAGAUAGAAAGUGGUGGAAACCAUCCUGGACUAGCUAAAAUGAUCCAUGCUCUGCUGGGACGCCAAACGUCACAUCAUUUCACAAGUACCUCUCUUUGUAUGCGUGAAGCCCUGAUCCAGGCUCAAGUGGCUUAUGUGGCAUGUAGGUUACGGGCCAUGCAUGAGCAAGAUGUGGGCUGGUGCAAACAGACAGGUCAGAACAUGGAUGUUCUUGUCCAGCAGCAUGCCCGCAAUGUCAGUGCAAUCCAAGAGAAAUAUGAGGCAUCCUUGCAGGAUGAGCGCCUGAACUUCACACAAACAGUGUCCACUCUCCAGAAGGAGAACAGCACACUGAAGAGUGAGAUCAGCAAACGUAUGAACCAGCUCUCCCAACAGCAGGAGCAACUGGCUCUCUUGGAGGAGAAUUUCCAGAAGGAGACUGAAGAGCUGAAGCAGAGGCACAAGGAAGAGCUAAGCCGAGCAGAGAAAGGCCGUGCCUCAACAGAGCUGGCCCUCAUGGAGACUACAGCAGACAGUCAACGAAAGCUAGAAGUUCUGCUUGUGGACAUGGACACCAUGGAGGAACGGCACGAGGGUCAUGUGAGGAAACUAGAGGAGCAGUUUGAACAGCGGAUUUGUGAACUCCAGCAAAUCCACAAGCAGGAGAUCGAAAAGUUACAGUCCCAGUAUAUGGAAAACAUUCAGUGUAUCCAAAAGCACCAACAGGACAAAAAAGGUCCUGAGGUUUCCCACUCGCCUCCUUGCGAUGAUGCCACUACACCGAUGGAAGAGGAAGAGCAGGGGAAGGGGGAGGAUGUACAGAUUACAUCAGAGGUGGACUCCAUGGUGAUUCUAAAGGACCGGAUCCAGGAGCUGGAGGCUCAGAUGAGCACCAUGAGAGACGAACUGGAGAACAAACACCUAGAAGGAGAUGUGGCCAGCCUGAGAGAGAAAUACCAGAGAGACUUUGAAAGUCUUAAGGCCACUUGUGAGCGUGGCUUUGCAGCAAUGGAAGAAACACACCAGAAGGUAAUACAAGACCUCCAGAGGCAGCAUCAGAGGGAGAUUUCCAAACUUAUGGAAGAGCGAGAGAGACUAUUGGCUGAGGAGACUGCUGCCACAAUUGCUGCUAUUGAAGCAAUGAAGAAUGCACACAAGGAGGAACUGGAGAAGACCCAUCGUUCCCAACUGAGUGGAGUAAACUCUGACAUUGAUGAACUUCGCUCGCAGUAUGAAGAGGAGCUGCAGUCCAUCCAGAGAGAACUGGAAGUUCUGUCAGAGCAAUACUCUCAGAAAUGUCUGGAGAACGCUCACCUGGCACAGGCACUGGAGGCCGAGAGGCAGGCCCUCAGGCAGUGUCAGAGAGAGAACCAAGAACUAAACGCUCACAACCAGGAAUUAAAUAACCGACUGACUGCAGAGAUCACUCGGAUGCGCUCCUGUUUCAGCGGUGAAACAGCGCUGUCUCCACUCACCCAGGGCAAAGAUGUGUAUGAACUGGAGGUGUUGCUGCGAAUUAAAGAGUCGGAGAUCCAGUAUCUUAAACAGGAAAUCCACUCUUUGAAAGAUGAACUGCAGUCUGCUUUAAGGGACAAGAAAUAUGCCACAGACAAAUAUAAGGACAUCUAUACAGAGCUCAGCAUUGUGAAAGCAAAGGCUGACUGUGAUAUCAGCAAACUGAAGGAGAAGCUGCUCAUUGCCACAGAAGCUUUAGGCGAGAGGACUGUCGAUGGGACGGUCACAUCUGGAUACGAUAUAAUGAAAUCAAAAAGUAAUCCAGAUUUCCUGAAAAAGGAACGAUCAACAACCUCCAAGCAAUCAAGAGGCGUAAGGUCAAAGUCUGUCACUGAACAGGUCUCAUGGGAUAGCUGACACUCCCAUUGUGGGGUGAUUCCCCCCCAACCCCCGCCCCAAGAUGUGCUAGCCUGAAAGAGGGACUGACCGUGCAGGAGCGUAUGAAGCUUUUUGAAGCAAAAGAUUCCAAAAAGAUUUGAAUAUCAAGAAUUUUUUUUCUGUUUCCUGACCUCGGCAUUUGGUCAGACUGCUACGGCUGUGCCAGCAUCAGCUGAAGACUCCUAUAGGAUCACUCUCAAAAGAUCUAUCAAGGUCACUUCGAAACCUGGACCUGCUGCUCCCAUGCCCCUGAUAAGUUGUCAUAUUUUUGUUUGUUUGUUUUUUGUUUUUUUUAAUCAAUGGAAAAAAGUUUUACUGAAUCAAUCCUGUGUAAGGUUUCUUUAAAAAAAAUCCUUAGAUGUCUAAUCUGUCCAAUAUGGAGACGUGUCAAAUAAGCUGUGAGAGGGAUACAUGACAGCAUUUUUAUUGAUCCUCCAAAAUGCCAAAACAGACAGCAAUACACAGUAUGAAUAAUAUAUAUUUCCCAAUAUGAAUUAAGUAUCUGCUGUAUUUUAUUAUUGUUACAGUUUCUAUAUCUAAUAAUUUUUAAUGUGUUUAAUGUUGCACCAGUUCUGUUGUACAUAACUACUGGAUAUAUGUAAGAGUAUGGUUUGCUAUUGAUUGUUGGGGCAUCUGCUGUACUAUAACUAUGGUUUGAUUGAUAGUGGAAAACAAUGUGAUGCUUAACUUGCUUAUGUAUGAGAGUUUUAUAAAAUGGAGUGUCUGUGUGACCGGGGUGGGGGGUGGGGGGUAGUGGGGUGGGAUUGCACUUAUCACUUGACUACUUGAGGAAGCUUUUUUAUUAUUUGUCUCAAAUUUGGUGUAGUGACUUCAACUCAAUUAUUGCAGUGCAACCAAACAUCCUGACUUCUGUCAAAUUUAGUGAACGACCGUGACUUGUUAGUGAUACUGGAUUUAUUCUCAAGUUUCUUAAAACCUGGAUUUGUGUUUGCUCAGUUUAGCCUUUGGUGUGAGAAUAUCAUCUCAGAAAACCCGGAACUAUUUAGGACUUUGCAUGACUGUACAGUAUCAUUUGAAUUGCAGAAUGAUCAUGUUGCCUCAUUUUCCUACUUUAUGCUUUAGUGUGAAACUCUUAACACUAAUAAGCUUUGCUUUGCAAGUCCUACUGUUUAGGUGUUGAGAUUGAAAUGUUUUACUGUAAGCGGCAGUCUUGAAGCACUUGGCCCAAUCCCUGACCUCUCACUGAAAUCUAGUCGUGCCUCAACUGAGUGAAGAAUAUAAACAUCCAUGAAACCUGUGCAGCUAUGGAUACACACUGUAUAGUAUUCAAACCACGCCUUGUAUAUAUAUAUAUGCCACACGGAAGACUUCUGUGUUUUGUUUUAAACUUGUACCUUGCUCACUAGCUCUAUAUGAAAUAUAUAUGAAUAUUUUUUAUUUUCAUUUGAAUGUAUAACGUCAAUUAAAUGAAGUGUUUGGAAA